CCUCUAGGUACUCAAACGUUAUCUAUUUUCACGGUUUUAUUGUAAGCAGCUUUAAUUCAUUUACCACUAAGGCACCAUGUACAAAGCACCAGACGGAGGAUGGGGGUGGGUUGUUACAUUUGUAGCCUUCAUGAUCGGUCUUAUCUUGGAUGGAAUUUCAUUCUCAUUUGGAAUUUUAUUCAAGCAUUUAUUAGUGUACUUUAAUGAGAGUAAAAGCCUCACGUCAUGGAUAAUAUCUGUUUUUAACGGGAUAUACCCCGGAAUUGGCCCUGUGAGCAGUAUUCUGGUAUCAGCAUUCGGCAUGCGUAAGGUUGCUAUAUUCGGAGCUUUGCUUGCGUCUGCAUCAUUCUUCCUGUGCACAUUCUGUCCAAAUGUACAACUGAUGAUUAUAGUGUACGGUUUAUUAGGAGGUUUUGGGCUAGGUCUUCUGUAUCUCCCAGCGAUGGUUUUGGUUGGUCACUAUUUCACAAAGAAGCGAGCGUUAGCUUCCGGUAUUGCAUGUUGCGGCAGUGGUGUUGGAGGUUUCGUGUUUGCACCACUCAUGGAAUAUUUAAUCAGUGUGUACUCAUGGAAAGGUGCCAUGUGGGUUGUAUCAGCUAUUGUUCUUAAUGGUGUCCCAUUAGGUGCCCUUCUAAGACCUUUGGAAGUGGUAGAGAAGGAAGUUGCGUUAGAUGAGGCUAGAGAAAAGAAGGAAGAUUCUAAGAUUAACUGCUGUGGCGACAUUUCAAAAAUGUUCGAUUUUGAUUUGCUGAAAAGUCCUACAUUUUUGAUAUAUGGAUUGUCGUGUUUCUUCUGCAUGUUAGGUUUUUACAUUCCUUUUUACUUUAUCCCGGAUCUUGCUGAAGAGUUUGGUGUAACAUCACAAGAAGGAGCGUGGCUGAUCUCAAUCAUCGGAAUCCUAAACACAGUAACCCGUGUAGCCGCCGGCUGGCUGGCGGAUAGGUCUUGGGCAGAUCCUACUAAAAUAAAUGGUGUAUUGCUUACACUAUGUGGGAUAGCGACAUUGUUCGUACCAAAGUACUCAAACUACGGGGUCAUGGCUACAUAUUGCGCUUUCUUCGGGAUAUGUAUAGCUGUGUUUGUAUCAUACCGGCCUAUAAUAACGUCAAAGUUAUUGGGCAUUGAGAAACUGGCGUCAUCUUUCGGACUCGUGUGUAUGUGCCAAGGUCUGGCUUCCUUGAUUGGAGCUCCAAUAGCAGGUGCUUUAUCUGAUAGUGCAGGGGACUAUAACGGAGCCUUUUAUCUGGCAGGUGCGGCGAUUGGGAUGUCUGGAUUGAUCUGCCUUCCGUUAAACUCUGUCAACCGUUGGGAGAGGAGACAGACAAGCCCAACAGAGAAUGCAAUUUUUAAUAGAUCGAUUGAGAUCAGCACAAAAUUGUAAUCUUCUCUGUUUGUAUAUUCAUAUCAGUUUCUGAUUUUUUAUAUAAAGUUUUAUAACAUUCUACUGCAAUUGAAAAUGGAAGAACAACUUCAAACUGGUUUUUAAUUUAUUUCCAACUAGUUUCGGCUUUCAAUGCCUUCAUCAGGGGUAUAAUGUUUCUUUCUUUUUUUUCUUCCUUUCUUCCUAUAAUGACUUCUAUCAUUAUUGAUCAUAACGUCAUGCGGGUGGCAAUUUGUAUAGUCAGAAGAGUUGAUAAAAACAAACAACUUCCCAUAUAUAAUACAGUUGAUAAAAACGAAUAAGUAAUUUUGAUGCCAAAAUCGCUCUGACAGCCAAAUUAUAUGUUUUUUUUAAAAAAAGGGUAGCCGACACAACCUGUUAAAACUAUGUACAGGGCUAUAUUACCUUACAUUGGCCUGCCCAACUUCUCCACAUCAAUAUUUGAUUCAGUGAGUUGUACUUCUGUAAGUAAUAGAUUUGAAUCUCUGUCAGAGUGUGAUAGUACGUUAAGUCCGUUACCGGAUGAUAUUGGUCCCCCAAAAGCAACGUCCUCUCUACUAGGUGCACAGGUUAAAACAGGUAAGCAUAAAGGGAAAGCUAUGCUUCACCAUCCAUUAAGGGUACUUAUUAUGAAUUGUCAAUCAAUUAAGAAUAAGAAAGCUGAAUUAUAUACCGUGAUUGAUUCUACUAAGGCUGACAUUAUCCUUGGAACGGAGUCCUGGCUUAAGCCUAGUAUAGGAAAUUCAGAAAUAUUUCCAGAUGAUUAUGAUGCAGUAAGGAAAGACCGGUCUGAUGGUCAUGAUGGGGUAUUUGUAGCCUUUAAAAGGGAUCUUCUCUGUAUUGAGGUAACAGAACUAGAUUCUGAUUGUGAAGUUAUAUGGUGCCGACUUGAGGUGGCUGGAGCUAAAUUGUUAUACAUUUGUUCAUUUUAUAGACCCAUCUUGAACAAUUGAAUUUUUCCCUAAGGCGCAUUAUUUCAAAUAAAAAUGCAACCAUUUUACUUGGUGGCGAUUUUAACUGUGGUAGUAUUGACUGGGAGAGCUUGUCAGUCCACCAAGGAGCUCCACAGAGCCAUACCCAGAACCAGCUUAUUGACAUUGUUAAACAACACUGUUUAAGUCAAGUCGUUAAUCUACCUACUCGUAACGAUAGGUUUAACCAAUAAUCCUGGUCCUGUCGUUAGAGUAAAAUCCCUUCCACCUAUUGGUAAGGCGGAACACGAUAUUGUCUUCCUUGAAUACGACAUUAAGUCCAAAAGAUCUCUGCAAUCUCCUAGGAAAAUCCAUUUAUAUAAACAUGCAGAUAUGCCUAGUUUAAAAGAUUAUCUGGGUAAGUUCAGAGACCAAGUACUGUCUCGCCCAUCUUUGAACUCAGCAGAGGAGUUAUGGAAUGAAUUCAAGACUGAGGUCUUGACAGCAAUUGAUAAGUUUGUACAUGUACCAUCAAAAAUGACCAGGACCCGGGUAGGAUACCCAUGGGCUGACAAUAAUAUAAAAAGUCUGAUCAGGAAACGUGAUCGCCUCUUUAAGAAAGCUCGUAAGAGCAAGGACCCCCACAUAUAUGACAAAUUUAAGGAAAUGAGAUCCUAUGUACAAAAGGUAAUAAGGGAUGCGCAUUAUAGAUAUGUUAAUAACACUUUUGAGGAAGUGGUACCCUCCCUAGAGGGUGAUAAAUGUAACAAUAAAAAAUUUGGUCAUACGUUAUUAACGUUAAUAACCUAAAAAGUAGCUCCAAAGGUAUUACAUGUCUUAGAGACAAUGGUAUCCUUAAAAUAGACAAUAAAGAAAAGGCUGAUAUUUUUAGUUCAUUCCAUUUGGAUGAACUGGAUAACAUUUUACUGGAAUUUGAAGAUUUGCGGAGUAAUUAAUACGGUUGUCAGUUUUUUACCAGCGUUAUCAUUCUAAAUUUUAGUCCUAUAAUAUAGAUGACCUCCGUUUGACAAAAUUUAACCACAAUAAUUUAUUAUAUAAACAUUGAAUUGAUUACUGUUCAAUUAUCUGUUACUUACAAGAACAGCACAGUUCUACAUUUUGGUGUUAUAUUAUACCUCAACUCUUGUAAGGAUGUACGAGCGAAUUUUUUCUAACCUUGUGAGCUUGAAGAACAUUAGUUUUUAAGACAAACAAGAGCAGAAAAAAACGUGUCACCGAACUCGUUUUAAUUUUAUAUGGUAUUUUUCCCUCACUGUUUACGCAUUUCUAAAAUUUUGUAAAAUUGAAAAAAUGUUGGUACUUUAUAAAACAUAUAAUAUCCUACUUAAUCUUAUAGGGAUUUAAGGUCUUACAGAUUAAUAUGAAUAUAUGGUGAUGUCAGUAUUAUAUAAGCAUAAAUGUCACUAACAAAUCUCUUUCAUUUUUACAUGUUGACAUAAUUAUCCCACCCGCUUUAUUUUCAAUGGAAAAAAACGUAUUUAGAUGUACAAAAAAAAUCUGACGUUAAGAUUUUCAAAAUAUUUUGCAGCAUUAAUGACACACAAAAAUGCUUCAAAAUGGAAAGAAAAAAAAUUGGAGCCACCGUGCAUCUAAGAGAUUUAUUAAGAAAAAACUGUUAAAAGGUUUUGUUCUUUUUGUUUUAAUUUAUAUUUUCUAGAUAAUAUAAUGUGCUAUCUUGAAAACUUUUAUUUUUUUUUAGCUUAACACUCUAUGGAUCAGUCAGAAAAAUAUCAAAACCAAACCUGAUCUACUUUAAUAGAUAUUUGAAAUUACCGACCCCUACCCCAUUGUACAUCUUACGUCAAUUUUAGGCAAAUGCCAGCCAAAAAUAAGGGUGAAUUUUUUUUUUCGCAAAACGCAUAACAUAUUUUGUUAAAUGGUACAUUAUUAGCCAUAUUUUAAUUAUUAAGUAUUAUUUUUUGUUAAAACUUUUGUUAGAAAGCAAUAUUCGAAGAAACAUUUUUCAAAAUGGCGGAUAUCCUG